UCGUCCUCAAUCCGUUCCCGUGUGAAGCAACGGGAAAAUGGACGUCAAAAAUGGACAGAAAAAAGGAGCUUACAUUUCACUAUAAAGUCCCGUUUAGGAGCAAGAUGUGUCGAUGUAUAGAUAACUUGCAGUAAACAUCCAGUAUGGAUAGGUUGAUGAGAAGGUAACAGACUGCGGACUGCAGGAACUAUCGCCCAUCUAAGGAUGGAGAAAAUACCGGAGGUAACACCGAUGCACUGUCGGACACAGCCAGAGGCAGCCAUGGUGAACGGCCACUCGACCGUCAUUUCUGAGGAAGAGGAAGAAGACAUGGAGGUCAGCGGCGUGUCAAAGGUCACGACUGAGGUCAACGGGAUGGACUCGCAGGCCUACCACAACGGCCUCAAGAACAUCACCGAGACCAAUCUGAGCGCGCUCCAUGACACCAUGCGCGACUGCGACGCGAACGGCAACGGGCGGAACGGAUUCCGCAAGUUGCGCUUCGACGCCGGCCAGCUCCGCCCUGAGGAAAACGGUCACCCGGCGCCCUGCCCCAUCGGUUCCCCAAUGCUUCCCAACGGCGACGACAUGAGCGGGGGCCACUCCAGGACUUUAGACCCAAGCAGGUUAAGCCUGGAUUUGCCCGAUUCCCUAGUGAUCGAAACGUCGGAAACGCCCACCACCCCAUCAGAGGAGGAACAUCGGAACAAUCUCAUAAAGCAAGGUGGUGUGUCACAGGAUCUUGCUGGGGGUCUGUCGCCGGUUACGGCGUGCGUGAGGGACAAACUCCCCCCACCCAGGGAGUCGCUUCUCCUGAGACUAUUUGAGUCCAAGUUACUGGACGCCUCCAUUGCCAUUACCCACUUGUAUAAAUCUAAGGAGCCCGGUGUACAGACUUAUAUUGCUAAUAAAUUAUUCAGCUUAGACGAGUUUGAUUUUGACUUCUACUUGCCCCAAGUUCUCAACAUCUAUCUGCACAUGAGUGACUUGGCCGAGGUUCUCAAACCCUACAUUAUCCACAGAUGUAAAUCCAGCAUAGACUUCUCGCUCAACGUGGUCUGGCUCCUGGAGGCCUACAUGCACAAUACGGGUGUGCAGACCCGCAAGCACUCGCGGGGCACCAGGUUACGCAACCAGAUCCUCUCGGAGGAGCUGAGACCGGCUAACAAGGGUACCAAGAAGGAGCCGGCCGGGAAUGUCGGCAACCCACCGACGAGCCCGACGACCGUCCUGUCGCCGAUGAAGAAGACGCACACGCGGUCGCGGUCGGACGCCUCAUGCUUAGUCACCGCCCAGGCUGCCACAGUCACCCUUCGCCGGGUCAGUAGCACCUCGUCGGCUGCCUCCAUGGGGGACCUCUCCUCGGGCCACGCCUUUGACAGCGGGUGUACCUGCUUCGACAACACGGCCAACGUGCUGAACCUCAUGAAGGGGGGACACCGGCCCAAGCUGGAAUGUCAUUGUCAGGCCCCAAGAUUGGCCGUCGAGUUGGAGUUCAUCAGAGCUCUGAUGGCUAUUGGGAACCGGUUACAGGGGCUACCGACCAGAGAAAUGAGAACGAGUAGAUUACUAGCAGAGUUGUCCAUGCUCAACAUGAAUCUACCAGCUCGGAUCUGGUUGCCCUCCCACUCAGAGUUUGACUAUCACAUCGUCAGAAUCCCCCACGCGUCAGGGGUGGUGCUCAACUCCAAAGACAAGGCACCAUACCUAAUCUACGUGGAGGUCCUGGAAUGCGACAACAAGCACACUGCCCCGCUUCCCCAGAAGAUCCUGGAGAACACGCUGCGCUACACCAAGUCGGAGGAGAACCUGCAGAAGUACUUCAUGAACGACAACCACAUCUCCUACACACCACCGGGGACGUUCUCCAUCUAUCACCAGAACGACUCGGACCACGACUGCUGGUCGCAGGAGGACGAUGAGAUCUUGCAGCAAUACCAGUAUUCCAAGAAGAACGGGUCUAGCGACACCAUCUCCCAGAUGUCACAUGACAGCACCACCAGCACGGACAGCAAGGAGCCAGUCUACAUCGCAGCGGGGGACGUCAGGCGCAGACUGACGGAGUAUCUGACCGCGCCCAGCACCUACUUCAAGCGUGAUCCAGAGGACCCAUCGGCCGCGGCCCUUAAGGAACCCUGGGAGGAGAAGGUCAAGCGGAUCCGAGAGUCCUCCCCCUAUGGCCAUCUGCCCAACUGGCAUCUUCUGUCUGUCAUCGUCAAGUGCGGUGACGACUUGAGACUGGAGCUACUGGCAUAUCAACUGCUAAAGCAACUACAGAAUAUCUGGAAGCAGGAGCAUGUGCCGCUGUGGGUCCGUCCUUCCCACAUCGUGGUCACUUCCAGCAACAGCGGUCUGAUUGAACCUAUCAUCAACGCGGUCUCGCUGCAUCAGAUCAAGAAGAACAGCAAGGUGUCGUUGCUGAACUACUUCUACAGUGAGUUUGGCGGGCCCAGCACAGAGGGAUUCCUGACCGCGCAGAAGAACUUCGUGCAGAGCUGUGCUGCCUACUGCCUGGUCUGCUACUUGAUACAAGUUAAAGAUCGACACAACGGGAACAUCUUACUAGACCCGACCGGCCAUAUCAUCCAUAUUGACUUCGGCUUCAUCCUGUCCUCGUCGCCCCGCAACCUGGGCUUUGAGGCGUCCCACUUCAAACUCACACCGGAGUUUGUUGAGGUCAUGGGAGGCGUCGGCAGUGACAUGUUUGAGUACUUCAAGAUCUUGAUGCUUCAAGGGUUGAUAGCGGCCAGGAAACACCAGGAUAAACUGGUUCAACUAGUAGAAGUCCUGCAAUCAGGUACCCAACUGACCUGUUUCAAGCAAGGAGCCAGCACCGUCCGAGCGUUUCGUGACCGCUUCCACACCAACCUCACCGAAGAACAGCUCCAGCUCUGGACUCAGAACAUGGUGGAAUCCAGCAUGCAUUCUCUGACCACGCGACUCUACGACGGUUUCCAAUACCUCACCAAUGGUAUAUUCAUCUGAGAGAGGUCGACACCAACACUAACAGAUAGCGGGGAACCAGUUAGGAUCGUUAAAUAUCCACAUGGCUGUAAGAUGGUUUCCAGUGCCUCACCGGGCCACAGCAUGACGGUUUCCAUUACCUUUCCAUUACCUUACUCGUAGCGGGGUACCAGUUGGGAUUGCCGAGUACCAGUUUAGAUAUAUGUAUCCAUGCGUACUUUGGUUUUUAGCAUAUUCAUCCCAUCGGCAGGUAUGAAACUGCAGGGUACCAGUUUUGAUUGACAGAUACAUCUUAGCAGUGUUGCACCUACACAGUAAUUUUCGGUUACCAACCAGUACAAUACAUAUGGGAUAUAAUCAUGCCCGUUGGCCCAUGUGUACUGCAAACACAGGAAGACGUGGAACCGUGUAGAAGUGCAUAUUGUAAAAGCACAGGGUUUUUAAAAAUGAAGAAUGAAUUUUGGAGCACAUCGGCGUUAGUUGCCAGUUUCAAGUAAAAAGUAUGUGAAGUGUAUGCGGUGUACAUGUAUACUAGGAUUUGCAUGCUAAUGUACAAAUUGUAUAAAACUGUACAAUAAACAAAAAAGCUAAUUUUAUAUUAAGCCAUUUAAAAAAAAAAGUAGGCAUUAUUAGCAAGUGGGCGAAUGAUCUUCGUAGAAUCUUGUGAAAAUCUAGUGAUUUUGUUUCUUCUGCUAUUGAGAAGCCCAUUAUGUACAAAUUAAAAAGUGGCUGCGCAAAAUGUUGAGGUUAGUUGUGAUUGAACAGCGCCCUCCGUUGUUGAGUGAAUACUAGCUGGAGUCUUGGACCGGUUCCCCGACUCGUUAUUGUGUGUAUGAGCUUUGGAGGGGGCGGGAACCAGUCCGCUGGAUUCUGUGUGCAAUUUCUUGAUUUUUGAAUCUUGCCUUCUUAGUUUUAAGCAGAUUGCGGAAAAAAACUUCAUUUUGCUCAAGCGGGCCGCUUGCAAUGCAGUGCGUUUUUUUCAGCAAAAUGGUGGCAAAUCUGCAAUUUUGUGAGGUGCGCAUGUCUGUGUUAAAUGGUCCCUCUCUGAAAGACGGUUUCUCGUAUGUUAAAAAAAAAACAGGAAGUAUUUAUUCAAUUUACAAACGAAGUGUUUUAAUAGCUAGCUGUGAGCCGGUCCCGCAUUUUUUCCCGUGAUUAGUUAAGCCGGCAGACUUUUUAGCGCCCUCAUUAGUAGGCCUACACCAUAUAAGAUAUUUAUUUACCAUUUCACGUUGUGCAAACAUGUGGCUUAGUGGAUGGCAUACUCGCCUAGCCUCGCAGGCAACGCCGCUUGAGUUUGAGUCCCGGCCAGCCUGAAACUUGGUUUUUUUGUGUCCCAAAAGUGAUAUAUGUCUUCUCUUAUUGUUUAACAACAGAAACAAUCGCAGACCGGUUCACAGUCAAAUAUACACUGCCAUUUAGAAAACAACUUCUCAACAAUUAUUCUUGACAUAAAACUAAAAUAGGCUCAGCAAAAAAUUAGUUACCAGUUACCAACUAAAGGUGAUGUGCUUAUAUGUGCUUGACCUGUCAGGCAACUGGUACUCAGCAGAUUUUUGGCAUGCUUGUGCAUUUGUUAAGUUGUUUUGAGGUUUUUUCAGGUAAAACAGUUUUAUGGGCAUUGCAUUAAUAAAUUGAACUUGGCAACUUGUGGGAAUUCAAAGCAGGGGACUUAACAUGUAUCUGAUCAAUCCAACAAAAUGAGUUUUAUGUAGGAUUGUUUUUUCUAAGUAAACUUUCUUUGUACAUUGCAUACUGACAAAAAUUGUGAUAUGCCUCAUUUUGUAGUAUUGGAUCUUGUAUUUAUAUCCUCAGUUUGCAAUAUUGGGUUACAUUAUUUUGCUUUUAAUAACGAAACUUAAAUCUCAAGAAACUGUGAAAAACUAAAACUAUGGCAUUUCUGUGGAUCAUUUUUGACUUGACAAUAUUUGUCAAAUUUCAAGUUGUGCCUGUAAGAAGCAAAAUGUAAAAAAAUUGUUAAAAGACAAAUUAUCGUAGAAAUAUUUAGCAAAAACAAUGCAAGAAUGUAAAAAAUCAAAAUCACUUUUUUUCUUUUUUCAUUAUAACCAAUCAGCUUGGUGUAUAUUGCGUAAGUGAAACUUGUCACCAUGGAAACAGUGAUGUCAUUGUUUAAUUGUACAAAUUUGAGAUGUGGUUUCGAGUGAUGUGUAAUUGUUAAAUGCAUGAAUGAAUCAGUAAGAUAAACAGAAGCUAAUUUGUCUGAAUUUGAAAGGUCAAUGCUGACGAGAAAGUCAGAAUUCUCGUGUUAUGACCUCUGAAAUGACCUGGUAAGGAAAAUGACCUGGGAAUGAUUGUGGAAUGACCCGGAAAUUCUUUGCAUGUUUUGUGUGGGACAGGUCGUGGUCAAGCCAGGAAAAAAUGACCUUGGUUUGACCUUUGACGACCUCACAUGACCUUUGGUAGGUCUAGAGAUUUGCAUGCCUUAAAAAAAAGUCAUUUCACAUGACAAGAAUUUGUCAGGAACGUGACCCAGCUUUUUCUGGUGAUAUGACCCGAUACUGACCUUUAAAUUAGUCUUGUCCUCAAGCCACAGUUUUUGUACUUGAGAAGAAUUUUGAGAAGUUCGAGACUAUAGUCGAGUUAAACGUAUUUGCAUGAUUAAUAUAAAAGUAAAAGUAUACAUUGUCAAUAUGGUAUGUCUUGUAUGAUUUUGUAUGAUUUGUAGUAAACAUGAUUAUAUUACUGUAAUUUAUUUUUUGAAAUUAAGAUAAAAAGUACACUGAAUCAAUUUGCACAAGUGCCCAAAUGUCGGCUGUAAGCCAACAUAUGAAAAACACUUAUAUAUUUUUAAUGUAAUAAUUCCUAUUCUACACAGUGGAAUGUAUCGUAUUUGUGUACACUUGUGUUAAAAUUCCAAUCAAUCUAGCUGUUGAAUUUUCGAAAGUAGAUUCCUUGCUUUUGAGACCAUUUGUAAACCAAAUUUUGAACUUGGAUAAAAAAAAUACACAUCUUAAUUGCUAGAAGUAAAAAAAAGACAAGUCUAGCCAAGCUGGUUCAAGCGCACACAAAAUCAUUUUCAAUGGUUCAGAAUGGUCUACACUAGGCCUGGGCGAGUAGUGGAUUUUUCUACUCGAGUACUCACAAAGAAAUGACUCACGAGUAGUCGAGUACUCGGGAGUAGUUAACCAAAUUCCCAUAAAAGCAGAAAAAUUACAUUUAGUUAGUACGACAUGAAGUAACUUACAAGGAAAUAGCGUGCAAGUCACACGUAGUACCACUGUGUGACGUUUUGAGUCAUUUAUUCGAAUUUUUGGGGUGUUUUUGAUGAAUGGAAUCCUAGGGAGACAGAGGUGGAGGGAGUGUUUCCCUGUUUGCAGGGGACGUAUUAAGCCGUGAACCCUAAACCCUAAAUUGCUACUCGCGCCAGGACGAGUACUCGAGUAGAUAAAACACCAUGAGUUGAACGAGUAGCAUUAACUACUCACGAGAUGGAGACUUGAUGUAGAAAAAAGGUUUUCCUUCCUAAAAUGGACAUUCUUAUCCCACAGUAAAUCCACCCAUACAGCCAUAGAUCUACCGUAGUUGUCCGUAUAAUUUUUCGAUAGUUCCACUUCGAUGUUGCAUACAUGUAUGUACAUUGUACUUCCAUAGUGUAAUAUGUAUUGUGUAAAUUGAUUCCAUGUUAUGUACAGCAUUCUUUGUUAUACCCUUAUAUGUGUACAGAGUGCAUUUGUAAUAAAAACAGAACAUCAAAAACUCAUAUGAAA